UUUCAUUGGAUGCAUAUUUCAUGGGGUUAUGCAAAAGAAUGAAAAGCGCCUCGCCGUCCACUUUUGCCGCACGUGCACUCUUGGUGGAUGGGAGCCUGAAUCCGCUCCCUCGCUUCUUCAGGUGCGCUAUGAAUGCUGAACAUGGGGACUCUCCGUUUGGUGUGGAUGCUUGCUGGGCUUCUCUUGUGUGAGUUGCCAUUCCCCGAGUUGGAGGCUUUUAAGGUGAGCAAGCGCCCGGUGCGGACCCGAACCUGUGCUGACCGGCCCGAGGAGCUUCUGGAGCAGCUUUAUGGAAGACUGAGUGCUGGGAUGCUCAGUGCAUUCCACCACACCUUGCAGUUGGAGCCCCUCGAAAAAGAUCACAACAUCAGUUGUCCAGCAGGGAGCAGGGCUGCUGUGGACAAGAAAUACCGGCUUCCCAUCAAUCUCAACAGUGUCUCCCCUUGGUCUUACAGAAUUUCGUAUGACCCAACAAGGUACCCCAAGUAUAUUCCUGAGGCCUACUGCCUGUGCAAAGGCUGCCUUACUGGAGUUUACGGCGAGGAGAAUUUCCACUUUCGGAGCACCCCAGUGUUUAUGCCGACUGUCAUCUUACGCCGCACCACAUCUUGCACCGGAGGCCGCUAUGUUUACACUGAGGAUUAUGUCACCAUCCCUGUGGGCUGCACCUGUGUGCCAGAACACGAAAAGGAAGCAGAGGGGGGAAAUUCCAGCAUAGACAAGCAAGCUGUGAAACUGCUGGCAACCCAUAAUGACAAGCCACCGUUGGAAUGAAGAAUACAAAGGAAAUCUGAUGACAAAGGUUGCUUUGCAUGACCCUGGAGUUCCAUCAUUCAGGGAAUGAUGGAGCCUGUUCACACAUGCAUCUGCAUCACUUGAUGACUUCUGCAGCAUCAAGUGGUACCCUGCAUGUGUGAACAUGCCAUCAAAGAACAAUCACCACAGACAGGACUUUCGUGCCACCAGACACGAAUGCUUUUCAGUGUCCUCAGGUCACCUACUCAGUUGCAUCCUAAUGUGCAUCACUUUACACUUGCCAACAUUGAACCGCAUUUUCCACUUUGUCACCCACUCACUCAGUUUGGAGAGAUCCUUUUGGAGCUGCUCACAAUCCGUUUUGGAUUUCACUACCCGGAAGAGUUUGGUAUCAUCUGCAAAUUUGGUCACAUCGCUGCUUACCCCUGCUUCUAGAUCAUUUAUGAAUAAAUUAAAAAGCACCAGUCCCAGUACAGAUCCCUGGGGGACCCCACUUCUUACCUCCCUCCAUUGUGAAAACUCUCCAUUUAUCCCUACCCUCUGUUGCCUGUCCUUCAACCAGUUAGCAAUCCACACAUGUACUUGUCCCCUUAUCCCAUGACCGCUAAGUUUCCUCAGGAGUCUUUGAUGAGGAACUUUGUCAAAAGCUUUUUGGAAGUCCAGGUAGACUAUGUCAACUGGAUCACCCUGAUCCACACACUUGUUGACACUCUCAAAGAACUCCAAAAGGUUGGUGAGGCAAGAUUUACCUUUGCAGAAGCCAUGCAGGUUCUCUCCCAGCAGGGCCUGUUCUUCUAGGUGCUUUACAAUUUUAUCCUUGAGGAUGCUUUCCAUCAAUUUGCCUGGAACGGACGUUAAGCUAACCAGCCUGUAAUUUCCCGGAUCACCCCUGGAUCCCUUUUUGACAAUCGGUGUUACAUUUGCUACUCUCCAGUCCUCCGGUACAGAGCCUGAUUGCAGGGAUAAGUUACAUGUUUUAGCAAGGAGGUUGGUAAUGUUUGUCGACCAAUUAAGUUUCAGAAAACAACGAACAACAAAUUAUGUUUCAGAAAAUAUUACACAUGUUGAAGAUGAAAGCUGCAUGAUGGUAGGGCACUGUCCAGCAAUGCAGAGCAAUAAUGAGGUUAGGAAACUCAUUGUGGGAAUCAAUCAAAUGAAUUAAGAAGUCAUGUCUAACAGCAGUUCUGGGGACGUGGAAGCAGCCCAGGAAAAUUGAACAUACGCUUAUACUACAGAUAAAUUCCAGGAUGCAACAAAUUUGGCUUACCUCAGUAGCAAAGCCAUUAUUUGUAGUCUCCACUGACCCCUCCCCUGAGUCCUCCACUCUGGCACAUUCAGGGGACUUAAGGGAGACUCUCCUAUCCCAUGGAACUUGGGAGCAGACCCUUGUUGCUUCUGCCUGCUCCAAAGCUCAGCGUGACCAUGAGUCACCUUCCUUGAGUUCUCUGCCAUUUUUGGAGAAUUCUUGGGAGACGUUUUGCUGCUGGGCAUUUUGACCAGGGCACAGGCUUGUCCGAGAGCCUGAGCCACUUGAUCCUGGCAACCUGGUGAGUAGAUUAAAGGAGAACUGGACAAAUCUCAUCCAAAUCCUUAUUGCAGAGGCUGUGGAAAAGGCUGUGCUUUUAAAGUAUAACUAACUCCUUCUGAUCUUACAACUCUCAAGACUUGACUUUUUUUUUUAAAUGAUAAAGACAUUUUUGUUCCCCAGUGUUACGAUUUUUUAAAGCAGUAAAAUAAC